AUGUCUGUCUUCACCUAUGAUCCAGAUCCUCCGCGGGUCUCAUCUCCUUGGGCAAAGCUCAGUGAUUCUGGCAAGGAUAAAACUGAGCAUCUAGGCUCAGACGUUCCUCAACCAGAUCAGCAGCCAGAAUCCGGACCAUUAUCCGACUACGGAGUCACCAAACUUCAAGCCGAGCCACAAGACGGCCCCACGGAAUAUAAGCUUCAUUUACUUCUUCGGCCGCGGAGAGUGUUCACGCGCAUGAGUACAACCAACAAGUCACGCCAUGGACGACCCAAGUUGUCAGCCCCUUCCCCCGCUGCGUCUAGCCAGCCUCGACAACAGAGACUCGAGAGCUUGACGACCCAGCUCUUGUGGAGACUGCAACAGUCUUCCCCAUACCACUUGUCCAGCUCCAAGGAACUAGCACUCCCAAAGCUUCCAGACGACAACGUUGAUCUUACUGCUCCUGUAAAGCUCAAGAAACUCGUCCCUGGCUUGGAAGAGUCCAAGGGGGCUUUGUAUGAAAUAGGCGUUGCUGACGAUGGCACGCUUGUUGGUCUUACCAAGGACGAGAUGGAUGAGAGUAUUACAACCUUGAGAGUCAUGGCCGCAAGCUUAGGCUGCGCUGUCAAAGUUCGUCGGAGAGUCAUCGUUGGUGACUGUGAAUGGGCCGAGUCCACAGAACUAAUCGACAGUACUGUGGUCAUGCCAGAUGAAGUCAUCAGAAGCGGCAAACUCUGGGUCGCAGAAGCACUUGUCAUGCCUUACCUCGGGUUGAUAAAUGGAGCAAACAGAGAAAACGACACCGCCUGCAAUAAACAGUCUGCGGCAGAGAACGACGCUAUGCCUAGCCGUGGUAGCUCGUCCACACCGCAAUUGAGAGUUACUUUCACUGGACCUACAACCUCUGGCAAAUCGAGCCUGCUGGGAACAUUGUCAACGGGGAUUCUGGACAAUGGUCGUGGCAAUAGCCGCCUUAAUUUGCUCAAACAUCGUCACGAAAUGGUUACAGGAAUCACAAGCUCGAUAGCCCAGGAGCUCAUCGGGUACAAAGAUCAAUCGAUUCUUAACUGUAGCCAUGCAAACAUUGAGUCCUGGGUAGAUAUCCACGACUGUUCUGAAGGUGGUCGCUUGGUGUUUGUGUCGGAUUCCGCGGGGCAUCCAAGGUAUCGACGUACAGUCCUUCGUGGUUUGAUGAACUGGGCUCCUCAUUGGAUCAUUCUAUGUUUGGCCGCCGAUGAUACUGAAAUAACCACAAGGAGCCAAGGAGUGCCCGAUGGCUUGGGUGUCUCAGCAGGUGGUGUUGAUCUCGUCAAAGCACAUUUGACUCUAUCCCUCAAACUGGGCAUUCCUCUGGCAGUUGUCGUUACCAAGAUGGAUCUCGCUUCCAAAAUGAGCGCACGCAAAAUCACUAACAAGAUUUUGUCAGCCGUUAAAGAUGCUGGGCGUGUACCUAAAAUCCUUCGGCCUGAUCAGAAGAUAUGGGGAGACCUAAGCAGAGUGCCCGAUGACGAUUCCGCCAAUGUGAAGGACUUGUUGAAGGGGAUUACGGAGAAUGGAAAUCUGACUGAGAUUGUUCCAAUAGCGUUCUCGAGUGCAGUCAAGGGGAGCGGAAUUGGCCUUUUGCACGCACUGUUGGAAAAUCUACCACUGCCAUCUACACCAACCGCACGCGAUUAUAUCGGAAUGGCAUUGAAUCCGGAACAGCCCAAGUGUCUCUUUCAUAUCGAUGAUACUUUUUCUCCGUCAGGUUCUUAUGGACAUUUGACCGGUGGUUCCGCUGAAAUGGCCGGCCCUGAUAUUGUCGUAUCUGGUUACCUCAGGUUUGGACAGUUUUCUAUUGGAGACAAGAUUGUUGUUGGGCCUUUCCCGCCCGAGGACGAGGAACCUCGCGAGUUGACUCCAGAGGGCAGACAAUCUCCAAGUAGUUAUGGACUGUCGAUCUCACAUCCAUCAUCAGCAGAGCUGGCCCGUGUUGCUAUGAAGAACGCUAUAUCUGCGUCGACAAUUGCAGGAGAGUGGCAUGAUGCUCAGAUUGUUAGCAUACGUAAUCUGAGACUUCCAGUCUCAACUCUCGAAGCUGGGCAAGCUGGGUCAAUUGGCCUCAACAUCCAAUCACCCACGACUCGCCCCCAGAAUGGCAGUAUAGGCCACACUGCUGUCUCUGAGAUCCCUCGCAUUCGCCGAGGCAUGAUAUUGGCAAUACCGUCAAAACAUAUGGCAGAUACUGGGUUGAAGUUGCAAGCUGCAAGCGGGUUCACGGCGGUUUUUGAAGACCCAGACAUUCAUACACUGACCAUAGGCUCUUUUGUAAACAUAUACAUUGCUAGCAUUCGAACGGUAGCGCGCAUCCGCCGAAUAUCUCGUCAAGACAACGGAUGGGACGCCGGAGCGGAGGACACGGAUGAGAUGGAGGAGAUCUUCAACCUCAACGAUGAGCUUGACUUGAACAAUGUUGGAAAUGAGAGCGACCAGCCCAAGGGUGGAGUUGAGAUGGGCUUGGAGCUUCUGCAUCACCGAGAAUGGAUAGAGAUGGGGUCACGAGUUAUACUGUUAGAAGGUGGGAGUCAGGAUAAAUCUGGGCUAGAGGGUUUCGUUGGUAAAGUCGUUGAGAUUGUUGACUAG